AUGCAGUAUCCAACGAUCUUGCUACUAUCUCUAGCUUCACAGGUCGUAGCAGAUGGAAUAGAUGUCACCAAUAAUUUGUUCUCAGAUCUCGGACCGUUCAGACUUUUGGCAUUGUUCGGUGAUAGCUUUGCCCAACAAUUACUAAGAGAAUCAUUCACAUGGCUUGACCACAUCAUUUUCGCCAUGGCUCCAUUGACAUCUACUGCUAUUACAGGUGCCAUUCGCGUUGGAGGUCCGCCGCAAAUGAAAGCUUUGAUCGGUCGUGCGCGAGAGAAUCGAGUAUCUGCAGAGCUUGAUUUCAUGUCCUCAACUCCACAUGAAGUUUCUGAGCCAUGGAAUGGAUACGGCAUAGUCCGGACCAUAGGAAAAAGCGAGGUUAAACGGAUUCUCUUCCUGGAGGGGUGUGGUCCCCCGAAGAAAUUUGGUCUCUUCACUUUGACUGAUGCUGAAAAGGAAAACCUCGUCACAAAACAAGCAUAUAGUGAUCCACUCAUCGAUACACUAAACGAACUAUGGCGAAAAAAGACAGAAGCUAAGGAAGAGAACAAGUUUAUCAAAAGCCCUGAUAACGACUCACGCAGCAACGUGUCUAGAGGAACCAAUUCCGGCAAGGGCCACUUUAAAAACGACGGCUUGAAUCGAGCUCCGAUUAUCUCUUUGAAUAUACAUCCUAAGCAAAACAGCAUUGAAUUGUUUGUCGCUUCCCUUCUAGGCAUCAUUCUUCAGAUGGGAGUUUUUAUUUUUCCUGCCUUUAUUGCCUACAACAAUUGA